GACAACAAAUAACCAAUACUGAGCAUGCGCAUUGAGGACUCAUCAAUCCAAGAUGGCGGACGGAGUGGAGUCUUGGUUCGCUACAUUGGUUUUAUUUUCUUCCUUAUCGAAGCUUCUUUUCCUGCAGUCAUAUCGUUCAACAGACUUCGAGGUGCAUAGGAAUUGGUUGGCUGUAACACACAGCUUGCCCAUUGAUAAAUGGUACUAUGAGGACACAUCUCAAUGGACCCUUGACUACCCUCCAUUGUUUGCCUGGUUUGAGUUCAUUCUCUCUCAAAUAGCUGUUCAUGUUGACCCAAUGAUGGUUGUUAUCAGUAGUAAAGAGUAUGCCAGUACAAGAACAAUAGUAUUCCAACGUGUAUCAGUUAUUGUAACUGAUCUUGUACUAGCCUAUGGCAUUAAGGAGUACUGUCAUUAUUUACAUAAGACUAGGAAACUAACCUUUCCUGCUGCAAAUGGAUUGAUUCUUGCAUUGUUGGUGAUAUUCAAUUUUGGGUUAUUGAUCGUGGAUCACAUUCACUUCCAGUAUAAUGGGUUUCUCUUUGGUAUGCUCUUACUCUCUAUCACAAGAAUAUCUGAGGGAAGAAAUAUAGAAGGUGCAUUUUGGUUUUCAAUUCUUCUGAAUUUCAAGCACAUUUUCCUGUACAUAGCUCCUGCUUUCUUUGUUUAUCUAUUACGGUCGUACUGUUUCAAAAGCAAUGCUGAAAAACCAGAGAAAGCAAGCUGGCUGCUUGGAGUUCAUCUAUGGGACUUCUCCCCACUUAGGCUUAUGAAACUUGGUUUCUUUGUCAUCUUUGUGUUUGUGCUGUCCUUUGGUCCAUUCAUAUUACUGAAUCAGCUUCCUCAGUUGUUUUCCAGGCUGUUCCCAUUCAAGAGAGGUCUUUGUCAUGCCUAUUGGGCACCAAAUAUAUGGGCUCUCUAUAAUGUUGUUGAUAAAGCAGUUGCUAUCAUAGGACCCAAAGCUGGCUUGAUCCAUAAGCAUGCUGUCAAAGUUCAGGCAUCCAUGACAGGGGGAUUAGUUGGCCAAUCACAGCAUCUUAUUUUGCCAUCAGUACCUCCAAUAGCAACAGUCAUCCUAACACUCUUGUCAAUCAUGCCUGCUCUACUUCGUAUAUGGUACAGACCUGAUGGUGCUAGAGGAUUCUUACGCUGUUUAACUCUUUGUGCCUAUGGAUCUUUUCUGUUUGGUUGGCAUGUCCAUGAGAAGGCAGUUAUCAUGAUUAUCAUUCCACUAAGCCUUCUUGCUGUGCAGGACAGACGGGAUGCACGUGUUUAUCUGAUUCUCGCUUCAGCUGGACACUUAUCUUUGUUUCCUUUACUCUUUCGUCCUGAAGAAACUACACUAAAAGUUUGUCUGAUGAUGAUGUUCACUAUAUUGGCAUUUUAUUCUCUUUGUCUCGUGCACUGCGGAAAGUCAACCAGCAAGCCAACCUCUUCCGAUAUCUUUACUCUUCCUUUAGUGGCACCUUACGAGGCCAUGUACCUAAGUGGACUAGCUGUACUAGAAUUCUAUAACUCCAUUGUACAUCAUCUAACACCGAUGGGUUCAGCUCUUCCUUUCUUGCCUCUUCUCUUCACGUCGGUUUACUGUGCUGUUGGUGUGGUUUGGUCGUGGUUGUUAUUUUAUAAGAAUUUUUUUAGUUUUGGUGAAGUGAUAUUCGUUCCGCAACCAGCCGUUACCACUAAGAAAAAGAAACGAUAGUGCGUGUUCGUGCGUGUGCGACCGUGUGCGUGUUGGUGCGUCAUAAUGGCAUGAGAUAGAAACAAAGAGCCUAUAUUAGACAUUAAUUUAUUAAGAAUCACAUUUUAGGGAGGAAAUUAAUUGGGUGCAAUCAGUUUUAAUAGUUUUUAUGUUUACCAUUCAUAACACGACUGUCAAUUAGCCACUUUAGAAACGAGCAAGAGACUGGGGCGAGUUUUGAAUUUUAAUCUUAUUGGAAAAAAACUUUUGUCAUUUGAGAAAGCGUCUCAACAUUAGUAAGUCUGACAAAUUUGAAUCUGAUUGGAAGAAAAGAACCAGAAUUAUUGGCUUUCAAAAGUGUUGACAAUUUGCCAAUAAUGUAUGGUUAUAGGGAACACUUGUCCAAUUUUUAUUUCUAAACGAAGCAUCCUGAACUAUAUUGAAACGAAAAUAAAUACCUAAUGUAGAUAAAUAGUAGAGUUAAAAUAAUAUAAUAAUCUAUGCGUAUGGCUGAAAUGCUGGAAAGGAUUUGAAUCAUGUAAGGGGUAGAAUUACUGCAGGCAUCACAAGCAUUAUUUUUGCGGUUUAAAUCCUUCUAGUUUCUAAGCUAUUUAGAGAGAUGUUAGUCUUUCGAAGGUUGCAGAACGCGUUGCAUCAUGGGGCUCUCUUAGGGAACGCUUUAAUACUUAUAUGGCGUCUUUUUUGCUUGCUUAUAUUAGAAAGUGAUAGGAAACCUUAA